AUGGCUGGAGAUGGGUUUUGCAUUAAUUUAGGGCUAUAUUUGGGAUAUCCUAGUACACCGAAGUGUGUCGAAGGUACAAGACUUGCAUGUCACAGACAAGGUGCUGAAGGGAACGUAGGUGCCGAAGGUGUAAAACUUGCAUGUCUCAUGGCGAUGUGCUUAAGCAUGGGGAUGCCAAAGGCGACAAAAAGCUUGCAUGUUGUAAGGCAAUGUGACUAG